UAAUUUUACAACUCUUCUCAUUUUGUCGAAAUCGAAAAUCGACUAGAUAACAAUAAUAAUCAGACCGUCCUCUUCAGUUAGGGUUUGUUUUGGGGCAGUCCAAAAACAAAUUGGGGCUAAUCGCAAUGGCGAAAGCAGGACGAGCUCGAUCACCUUCUGGUUCAGCCUCGUCGUCUCGGUCACGUUCGUUCUCAGGCUCGGACUCUCGCUCUAGCUCGCGCUCUCGGUCUCGUUCUCGCUCUCGAUCUUUCUCUUCCUCUUCCAGUCGCUCUCGCAGUCUCAGCUCCCGCAGUCCUACUCCCCGCAAAAGUCCUGUUGAAGGUGCUAAAAGAGGCCGUUCACCACCACCUCAAUCGAAGAACGAAACUGCACUUCCACCUCCUCCUCCGAGGAAAGCUUCUCCUGUUCCUGAGUCACUUAAGCUUUGCAUUCGCCAGCUCACCAGGAACGUGAAUGAAAAUCAUUUAAGAGAAAUAUUUGGUAACUUUGGUGAAGUUGUGAGUGUUAGAUUGGAAAUAGAUCACAGAGCAAACCUUUCAAAAGGACUUGGUUAUGUGGAAUUCAAGACAAGAGCUGAUGCUGAAAAAGCCCAGGCAUACAUGGACGGGGCUCAAAUUGAUGGUAAUUAUGUUCAAGCUAAGUUCACAAUACCUGCACGGACAACACCUCCAAAGGCACCUGUUGCUGCAAGACGGGAUGCUGAUGCUGAAAAAGAUGGACCAAAGAGGCAGAGAGAGCCACUUUCACCUCCCCGAAGGAGGUCACCUGUGGCGCGGAGAAGAUCACCUAGAAGAGAUAUGGAUUCAUCUCCACGGCGACGUGGUUCACCUAUUCGUCGUCGGAUGAACUCCCCCUAUCGGCGUGGCGAUUCACCACCACCUAGGAGAAGACCAGCAUCUCCAUUUAGAGGUUGCUCACCAUCUCCACCAAGGAGGCCCUCUCCUUCAAGAAUUCGCGGUCCUGUUCGAAGACGUUCUCCCCCUCCAAGGCGACGAUCCCCUAGACGUGCUCGCAGCCCACCCAGAAGAUCUCCAAUUCCUCGUAGACGGACCCGUUCACCUAUCCGUAGGCCUCUUCGUUCGCGUUCUAGAUCAAUCUCCCCACGGAGAGGUAGAGCUCCGCCUGGCAGGCGGGGAAGGUCAUCAUCCUCCUCCGGAUCUCCUGGCCCACGCAAGGUUGUGCGGAAGAUAUCAAGGAGUCGUAGUCCCAGGAGGAGAGGGAGAAGUAGUAGCAACAGCAGUAGCAGCAGUUCACCACCUCCACCUCGGAAGCCACAACCAUAGAAGCUUUGCAAAGCAUGUGAUUUUGCUAUUGAGCUGACAUGUGUCUGAGCUUGAUGUAAUGUAGCCUUUCUAUGAGCAUGUAGGAGCAGGACACAUUAGCAACCUGGUUCAUAAUGUAUUGUGAUCUUUGACGAUACGAGACUCUGCUCUCUUUUUCUCUCUCUACCAUUUUCCUUUCCUUUUUCUAAUUUUGGCUGGGUAUAUUUGUCUGAGUUUGACUAGUGAUUUGGAAAUGCCAAGAAUUGGAUUCUACAUAAUGUGGGUCUGCAACAAUAUUUUUCAGUUGUCACCAUAGCGUAUAAAUGCUUGUUAUAUGUUA